AUGAUAAACAGAAAGAUCUCUUUAGCGUCCUAUGUCUUCACGCGCCUCAGGCAGGCAGGCACAAGACGCGUAUAUGGCGUUCCCGGCGACUUCACCCUGCGAGCUCUCGACCAUCUCCCUCGAUCAGGGCUCAAGUUUGUCGGAUGCUGCAAUGAGCUAAAUGCCGGAUACGCAGCAGAUGGGUAUGCUCGAGCUCAACGCCAUCGCAAAGGAUCUGGAAUAGGCGCUUUGAUCACCACCUAUGGCGUUGGAGAGCUUAGUGCGGCUAACGCUGUCGCUGGAAGCUAUGCGGAGUAUUUGCCAGUCGUUCACAUUGUCGGAACGCCCUCGCGACGCGCAAGACAGGUCUCGUGUUCGUCCGUGGGCGGGAAGAAACCGCAUUUGCAUAUUCAUCAUACCAUGGCUGACUCCAGAAUUGGGGUUUACCGCGAGAUCGCGGAGAAGUUUACUGUUGCCCAACUUGAUCUUGCUGUGACGACGCCGGAGGAGGUGCCAGCUCAGAUCGAUAAGGUUCUGUCUCAAGCAAUAUACCACAGCCAACCGGUCUACAUAGAGAUGCCGUCAGAUGUUGUAGAGACGGAAAUCUUGUCAGACAAGCUGGACGACGCCAUAGAUCCGAAUCCCGACGCGGCUCACAAUCGUGACGCCGGCAAAAUGGCACAGACCCUCCUACAGAAGCUCUAUUCGGCCAAACGUCCUCUUAUCUUGGUCGAUCGAGCUGAAGGCGCAGAGACCACCAGACAAGAGAUUAACGAAUUCGUUCAAAAUUCAGGCAUUCCUACAGUUUCUUUGCCAUCAGGAGCUAGCAUGGUGGAUAAUUCGCUGCCCAACUACUUCGGUGUUUACUCAGGCUCUAUCGGAACGGUUGACCUGACAUCGGAGGUCAAGUCAGCAGAUCUGGUCUUGGCUUUCGGAUGCCAGUUCUCUGAUACGCAAACACUUGGUUGGGCGGUGUUGCCAAAUCGAAAUGUCAUGACUCUCAUUGGCAGGAAUCAUAUCGAGGACGAGCCUGUCAACGUUCAAGAUGUUCUCAAGGAGAUGGCCCAGAAGCUGGAUAAGACACAGCUACCACUACAAGAUACAUCUUCAUGGGGAAACUUUCGGAACCAACCGCAGUUCGAGGUCUUUCCCAAGGCGUAUAUCAUUCAAGAUGAGUUCUAUAUCCAUCUGAACAAACACCUGCAGCCCAAUGACACAGUCCUCCUCGGCAAUGCGACACCAAUCAUAGGAGGCCGUGAUCUGGUCCUUCCAUCAUCGUCUCAGCUAAUCGCAUCUGGAAUGUGGUUCUCAAUCGGUCACAUGCUCCCAGCCGCUCUUGGAGUCUCACAAGCAAAAGCAGUCAUGAAGUCGAAAGGGCGCACGAUUCUUCUUGAUGGAGACGGGAGCUUCCAAAUGACAGCGCAAGAACUCAGCACUAUUAUCCACCAGCGUGCCAACGUGAUCAUUUUUAUCAUUAAUAACAGCGGUUAUACGUAUGAGAGGUAUAUCCAUGGAAUGAAUGCGGCGUACAACGACGUGGCGCCCUGGAACUAUAGUGCUGCCCCACAGUUAUUUGGGGACGCGCCGGCGGGAUAUCCAAUUCAAUCUUGUAAAGUGACGAAUAUGGAGGAAUUAGAUGAGGUUCUCAACUCUGAGGGGUUCGUAAAGGGCAAGGGCCUGACUCUUGUUGACGUUGAGAUGGAUGCGUAUGAUAUCUCGGGAAAAGCAAAGCAUUUGUUUGAGUUGGCUGGAAAGCAGCUGUGA